GCCAGGCACGACCUAUGGGGGCACGACGAGAUCGGGGUGGGGGGAUGGGCGACCGCUCCCUGCAAGCCCUUCGGCAAUUGGCCGCGGCCAGAGAUUCGAAGUAACAACCCGCGCUCCGAUUGGCUCCGCCGACUCCCACGAGGGGUCGCAUGCAAACGAUUCGCGAGAGGGUUUAUUGUGUCUCCGCCGUUCGCGAUCCGAAAUUGUUUCGUACCUGCUUCACUUCUACAAUCACACAAGGACGCGGAAAAAAUGGCUGGUGGCAAGGCAGGAAAGGACAGUGGCAAAGCCAAGGCGAAAGCCGUGUCCCGCUCGCAGAGGGCCGGACUGCAGUUCCCCGUGGGUCGUAUCCACAGGCACUUGAAAACUCGCACGACCAGCCAUGGUCGCGUAGGAGCCACGGCAGCCGUGUACAGCGCCGCCAUCCUCGAGUAUCUCACCGCUGAAGUACUAGAGUUGGCGGGCAACGCCUCCAAAGACUUGAAGGUGAAGCGUAUCACUCCCCGUCACUUGCAGUUGGCCAUUCGUGGCGACGAGGAGUUGGACUCCCUUAUCAAGGCGACGAUUGCUGGAGGAGGUGUCAUUCCCCACAUCCACAAAUCCCUGAUCGGGAAGAAGGGCCAGCAGAAGACUGCAUAAAUGCCACGGUGACCAGAAGUUUCGGGGCUCGGGCUUUGAUCGGACCAGGAGUUCACAUUUGUUUUUUUUAAUUAAUAUUAUAGUAAAACGAGGAGUGAUUGUUAGGCUUUCUGUUUGUUAUAUUUUCCCCAUAACUAGAUUUUAAAAAAGUACAUUAAAACCCCUUAACGACAAGAAAAAAAACCUUUGUAUGUUAUUGUAGAACGUUUGACUGGGGAGAUCAGAAUUAUUUCAAAUGUUGACAGUGAAUUUGUUUGAUUGGCCUGGGACUCUGUAAUGUUUUAUACUGAAAAAAGAAAUUGUUAAACCGUUUUUUAUAUAAAAAAGAAACCAACUUG